CCGGGGUCGACUUUGGUAUAAAAGCGGCGACACCUCGGAGGCGCCGGGUCGAGCAUCGCCAGCGCCAUGGAGGCCCCGCGCAGCGUCCUGCUUUGUCUUCUCCUGGCGUGUCUCGGACUUCACGCACUCGGGAGUGAAAUCAUUAAAGGGCAAAAGGCCCCGGAGAAGGAUUUUCUGUACAUGGCCUCAGUGCAGGACAAAAGUCGUCACCACGUAUGUGGAGGAUUCCUCAUCGAUAAAAACUUCGUGGUCACCGCGGCGCACUGCGCGAACGACGAACCCACCAGCGUCGUUCUUGGAAGCCACAAUCUCCGGACGGCGAAGGAUGUCAACAGAUACGACGUGAAACUCUGCAAGCAUCCUUCUUAUGUGGGGAUUGAAGAAGGGGACGACAUCAUGCUCCUCAAACUGUCGAGGAAAGUUCGACUGGAUAAAAGCGUCAAACCGAUUCAACUUCUCAACGGUAACAUGAAGAUAAAAGACAAAUCAAACUGCCGGGUAGCCGGAUGGGGUUGGACAAGAAGUCAGGGUAAAAUGGUCAAUGAGCUGAACGUGGUCGACGUGCCCGUCGUGAACCUGGAGGUCUGUAAGAAGCAAUGGGCUAAACUUCCGGCCAAUGUCAUCUGUGCAGGCGGCUACGGCACAGACAAAGGAUUCUGCCGGGGUGAUUCUGGAGGCCCCCUGGUGUGCAACGGGAAGCCGGUUGGUGUCGUGUCGUUCAACAUGAGGAACGAGAGGAACUGUGACUAUCCAAAUGUUCCCAACGUGUACACGGACAUAAUAAAGUACCUUCCCUGGAUCAAGCAGGUUCUCAAGAAGAGAAGUUGUUAAAUGCUCUAAUGCAGGUUUCCACUUCUUCAUCAGGUCUCAUGACACACUUUCUUUAUCUUCAUGAGCUGGCUGAUGUGUUGGACAAUAAAUAUUGUUUUCAAUAUUGCAGUGCAACUGUGCAA